AUGAGUAAAUAACCAGAGUAUAUACUUGACUCAUAUAAAGUGCCAUAUUAUUUAUAAGAUUCAUGCGUAGAUGAAUACGUGUACUACCAAUAAUGUCUAAGACACAAUCCCAGAUUUUUUGAAAAUAAAUUGAUACAUUCAUUGCCAUUUGCAAGUGCUUUGAGUAAUUGUGCAAAAAAGUAGCAAAUAUUUGUGAGAUGCCAAGAAUACAGGGAAAGAGAAAUGUUUGAAGAAAUGCGAAAGAUCUAUGUAGAAAGUGUAAGAAAAGGAGAAGAAAGAUGA